CCAGUGCCCACUGCUCGCCGCUAGAGGAAUCUGAGAGAGAGAGGGGAAAGGGCGAAGGAGGCGCAGGCAGGCAUGGGCUCCCCUUCCUCCCUCCCCGCCGCGGCGGCGCUCGUGCUCCUGGCCCUGCUCGCCGGAGCCCAGUGCCGCGAGGCCCAGUUCGACGCCGCGGACGCCGGCGCGGAGAACUUCAACACCAGCGAGGCCGCCGUGUACUGGGGCCCCUGGCAGAAGGCCCGGGCCACCUGGUACGGCCAGCCCAACGGCGCCGGCCCGGACGACAACGGUGGUGCGUGCGGCUUCAAGCACACCAACCAGUACCCCUUCAUGUCCAUGGGCUCCUGCGGAAACCAGCCAUUGUUCAAGGACGGCAAGGGAUGCGGCUCCUGCUACAAGAUUCGGUGCAGGAAGGACCCGUCCUGCUCCGGGCGGACGGAGACGGUGAUCAUCACCGACAUGAACUACUACCCGGUGUCCAAGUACCACUUCGACCUCAGCGGCACGGCGUUCGGCAGGCUGGCCAAGCCCGGCCUCAACGACAAGCUCCGCCACUCGGGCAUCAUCGACAUCGAGUUCACCAGGGUGCCGUGCGAGUUCCCUGGCCUCAAGAUCGGGUUCCACGUGGAGGAGUACUCGAGCCCCGUCUACUUCGCGGUGCUGGUGGAGUACGAGGACGGCGACGGCGACGUGGUGCAGGUGGACCUGAUGGAGUCCAAGACGGCGCGCGGGCCGCCGACGGGGCGGUGGGCGCCGAUGCGCGAGUCCUGGGGCUCCAUCUGGCGCAUGGACACCAACCACCGCAUGCAGCCGCCCUUCUCCAUCCGCAUCCGCAACGAGUCCGGCAAGACGCUCGUCGCCAGGAACGUCAUCCCGGCCAACUGGAGGCCCAACACCUUCUACCGCUCCUUCGUCCAGUACAGCUAGCUAGCUGGUUUGCGCCCUCGGGCCGCUCGGUCACCACCACCCACCACUACUACCACCACCACCCACUAGACUACUGCUUCUGCUACCAAAUACUACGGCGGAACGGAACGGCUGGUUGCCGCCGCCGCCGUCGUCCUUGGAAAGGUUGAGGCGUCUCUUGGUCAUCCGUAUCGUUACCGUUGUCAUGGUCCUUUGAGUCGUUGCAACCCUGAUUGCAAGCCGGCAAGGGGGAAAAAACCAACAAAGCCGUGUGGGAAAAUGGAGGAGGCAGGCGUACAAUGUACGCUCUCCCGCCCACUGUUGCUUUAUAAUCUCUAUAUCAUCAUCAUCUUCUUCUUCUCCAUUCCGAUCGGUGAUUAAUCGAAAAGUAUAUUGUAAUGUAUAAACACCAUUUCCUGUUUCCCGGAGCUGAGCUACCCUGUUCACACCCCUGUGCAGGGUUGAGGCUUCUGCAUGUUAAUUGUUCUUUCGUC